AUGCUGCCACUCGCCACCGACGUCCACGAUUCUGGCCCUGUCGCGACUCGAGCCCACCGUCUUACGUCGACCAGCUCGAACGGCGAGCAGCCUGACGACGAGUUGAUGCCAUCUCGAGCAUGUUCUCGUUCGUCGCAUCUGAUUCCUCCUCUUCAUCAACGGUCUCUUUCACAGGAUUUCUCUGGUCUGCCCACCUCGCCGUGGCGCGGAGAGAAUCUGCUCCAGUUUACGCUUGACUGCUUCUGUCGCCUGGCAGAAGAGCCUCGUCUUCGUAGCGCUCUCGCUGUCUGUCUGCCACGUGAGUUGCGCACUCGCUUCUUCAGCGUCGUCUUUCCCAACUGCUGUCUCGUCGACGUCUGGCUCGAACGUCUUUGGCUGGCGCUCCGUCUCCCGCCGCCACCGGCCAUCCGAGAAAUGGCCGACGCCCGACGAACUUGUCGUCUCAGCCCAAGCCGAUCGGGGUCGGAGUUUGCGCGAGGGAAGACGACACAGCCGACCGGUUCGGAGGAGUCGAAUCGUCGGACGAUUGGGCUCCUCAGACCCUCGUGA